UGUCUUUUUCAGAAACUCGAUAUAAAUGAAUUUUUAAAAAAAAAGAAAGAAUGAACAAAAUAAAAACAAAAGCUUAUCAACAGGAAUUGUUUGGAGAAGUUACCGAAAGAAAUGGAGAGGGAAUUAGCCAGAUUUAUUUCGCUAUCCCCACCCGCCCCUUUCUCACCUCAUCAAAUUACCCUUCUACCCCUCUCACCGCCGUCGACCUCUUUCCGGCGAAGGAAACGCGGCGGAGAUGACGGAAAACCCCUUCUCCGCCUCUCCACGGCGGAGGCGGAAACCAGACUCCGGUGCCGGAGUAGGAGGCGGGUGAGGUACGAAGGAGAAGAGUCGUCGUACGGAUACAACGAGGAGAUAGCGAUGCUGGAGAUGUACAGUCAGUCUUGUAGGGACGAAGCUCUCAUCGUGAACGCCAUUGUUGACGACGAAGAAGUCGAAGUUCUCAUCUUCAAGGGGUUCUCGUCGUGUCUGAGCCAAGAAACGGCAGCGGAUCCAUCGAGAAGCGUGGUGCCGGAGGGAGCCGUGAUCAAAUCUAUAGACAGAGUGAGAUGCCCCUUCGACCCUUCUAACUUGCUCUACAUCGAAAAGGGCCUCUCUUUUCAUUCCUUCAAGUCUCGCUUCAUCGGCUCCUGAUACUGAUGGGCUCUUUUUCGACUCUCAUGGGCCAGCUAUUAGGCCCAUCUUUUCACCUGGCAGGCCCAUUGGGCUAUGUAUUAAUAUGUGUAUGUAUUCUGUGAAAACUGUGAUACAUGACCACCACGACCAUUGUGUGUUCCUUUAAUUUCAA